UCCGGGCCCUCCUUCCCCAGCAUGACACACCUCCACCCAGCGCGAGUUAUCAUAAACCUUCGCACUGCAUUCAUACAGGCGCUUUAAACUGACGGAUCAUCAUCGGACUGGCAGUUUUAAGGACGUAUACUUCUGAAACGACUUUGUGAGGAGUACCAGUUGGAAGAAAUAUGGAUGCUGAUCAGCUGCUCGGUGCCUCUAUCAUCAGGAUCCCACCUCACCACUACAUCCAUGUGUUGGAUCAGAACACCAACAUUGCGCGGGUGGAGAUCGGCCCUCUUACCUAUAUACGCCAGGACAAUGAGAGUUUUGCAUUCCCUUUGCUUUGCUUAUACACAUGCAUAUACACACAGUCUGAUCGUAUGCCACUUGUGCUGCAGUAUCCAUCCCCACCGUACUCUAAUGUUUGCCAUUGUUACUCCUCCCUCCUUCUUUCUUUCACCCUGCUUCCUCGCUCCUCAAUGCUUCAGCUGGAAGAGCUAGAUGAAGAAGAAGGGGAAAGCCGAGCCAAAAAGAGGGGAAUACAGCGUCGUCCAGGUGACCGUUGGAUGCUGCGCGGCCCAAUCGAAUACGUGCCGCCUGCCACCGUAGAAGUCUUGCUUAGACAAGAUGCUAUCCCACUGGAUGAGAAUGAGGGCAUUUACGUCCGUGACAUCAAAACUGGAAAGGUGCGUGCUGUGAUUGGCCAGACCUACAUGCUGACGCAGGAUGAGGAACUGUGGGAGAAAAAUCUUCCAGCCAAUGUGGAGACUCUUCUGUCCCAAUCCCGUGACCCGCUAGCGGACCGUUCGGAGCGAGAAAGAAACUUUGGGCAAGCUGAGAGAGAUAAAACCAGAGUGGUGUCCUAUCGUGUCCCACACAAUGCGGCCAUUCAGGUGUACGACUACAGAGAGAAGAGGACCAGGGUGGUGUUUGGACCUGAAAUGGUGAUGCUGGGUCCUGAUGAGCAGUUUACAGUUCUUUCCCUUUCUGGAGACAAACCCAAACGUCCUAAUGUCAUCAAAACCAUUUGUCUCCUGCUUGGCCCAGACUUUUGCACCGACAUCAUCACCAUAGAGACAGCCGAUCAUGCUCGCUUGCAGCUGCAGCUCUCGUACAACUGGCACUUUGAUAUCAAACAGCCCGUUGAAGCGGCCAAGGCUACGGCUCUGUUCUCUGUGCCAGACUUUGUGGGUGACGCGUGCAAAGCCAUUGCUUCCAGAAUCAGAGGAGCAGUGGCCUCAGUGCAGUUUGACGAUUUCCACAAGCAGUACAACUCUUUCAACAUCAUAGUGUACCUUUUAAAGAAGACUCAAGCUUCUGUUAUUCUACCAGCUUUUCCCAGUUUCCCUAUGUAUUUGUCUGUCAUGCCCAUUUACAUUCAUUUUCCUUCUUUCAGACACGAGGCAGAGCGUCAGGAGCAGGAGGCUCGGGGUCGCCUGGAGAGGCAAAGGAUCACAGACCAGGCAGAGGCAGAGAAAGCAAGAAAGGAGCUGCUUGAGCUGGAGGCUCAGAGUGCUGCAGUGGAGAGUACAGGAGCAGCGACGGCUGAGGCACAAUCUAAAGCAGAGGCGGCUCGUAUACAGGGAGAAGCAGCAGUCGAAGAGGCCAAACUCAAAGCAGAGGCUCAGAAAAUCGAGGCUGACGCUGAGCUGGUCCGUCUGUGUAAGGCGCGUGAGCAGGAGCUGAAUUACAAGAAGGAGAUGGACCAACUGGACGUGGAGAAGCAACAGAAGCUGGCAGAGAUUGAGAGCCACCGCUUCAAGCAGUUGAUGGAGAGCCUGGGCACCGAAACCCUGAAGGAAAUGGCCCGAGCCGGGCCUGAACUACAGGUGAAGCUCCUGCAGUCUUUGGGUCUGAAGUCUACUCUUAUUACGGAUGGCUCCUCUCCUAUUAAUCUCUUUACUACUGCCAAUGGCCUCCUGGGGGCUCUGCAGGGCAAAGAACAGGAUGAAAAAUAAAAAAUAGGAGAGACAGAGGUUAAAGGAACACUCCACUUUUUUUUUGAAAAU